UGAGAGAGGACGAUUAAGGUGGGGGUUAGAUAGGUUGGAUGUCUCGCUUGACACGCCAUUUUGUUUUGUGUGGUUUUGUGGCGUUUUGUGGCAUUCUACGCACUAGUUUGGUCCGAGAGGUAGACACCUCAAUAAUUUGCGCUGAUUUGAUAAACAGCGACUCUUACGAAGGUAGAAAAUGUCGCGCUAUCGUGAAUGGGAUCUGUCCUGUAAGGUAUAUGUUGGUAAUCUGGGCAGUAGUGCAAGCAAACACGAAAUAGAGGGUAAGUUCAGUAAGUAUGGUCCACUGAGAAAUGUAUGGGUAGCCAGAAAUCCACCUGGUUUUGCAUUUGUGGAAUUUGAGGAUCCACGAGAUGCUGAAGAUGCAGUGAGAGGACUCGAUGGAAUACACUUGUGUGGCACCAGAGUGCGAGUAGAAAUGUCAUCUGGGAGAAGUCGACGAGGCGGUGGUGGUCGCAGACCCGGUCCUAGAUAUUCCAGAUUCUACCAGCGUCAGCUCCUAGCUCUGCUCGUCUCCCCGCCACUACUACUACUGCUACUUCUUCUACUACCACUACUACAGCCACCGUGAAAAAGCGUAUUCGUACGCGAAAAAAGCAAAAUUGUCAAUCUCGCAAUCGUCGCCAAUCGAACAAAACUGAACAAAAAAAAUAUAUAUAUGCCUGCCUGCCCACUAACUUCCCAAUCAACCAAGUCACCAUCAGUCACCACCAAGUCACCGAGUAUAUAGGAUGCCGUCCGUACGUCUGUCACGUCACGUCACGUCGCCCGUCGAAGUUGUGCGUUGUGGUGUUGCAACAACGCGCACACAGCACACAAUGAUGCAACAAUUGAAACAACGUUCGCGUGCUGCCGGAGUACCGUCAGUGCCGAGAAUAUGCCAUCUUUAAAAAAGAAAAAAAACACCUCUUUUGUUGCUGUCCCCCCGUUCGCCGUCGUUGCACUGCAAAAACAAACCGUCCGUCGCUCUACUACGAGAUUCUCCCCUUCGAUAACCACCACAACUACUAGUACUACUACUACUACUAUUACUACUAUUUACUACUACUACUCUUCCACCACUACCACCAUCACCACUACCAACCACCAAUCGACCGAUCACCGGCUGUUGUUGUGAUCUACCUUCUUCGACUUCGUCUCAGCUUUAGCCCGGGGGGGCAGUGGUACGCACCGAGUUAAUCGCCACAAAAAAAAUCCGCCACCGUGAGAAAAACUCCACUCAUCGGCCGCCACCAUCUUGAACGAAUUAAUCACGCGAUGC